AGUUUGUCUUUACGGCUAACGUUAGCUAGUUAUGUAGUCUUCUAAAUAACUUCGACAUGUACAUUUGAUGGAUAAAUUAAAUUAGUGGGGUUUUCAGAGAUCAGGAGAAAGCUGGCUAGACAUUAAAUUCCGACUAGAUCAAGUCGAAAGACUUGUCAUUGAAAAGCAAUGUGACAGCAGCCUGCCGCAUGGUCCCGGUGUUGCUUGUGGGCUCGUGCAUGCGCAUCAAAUUAGAUCAGACAGACAGUUGUCACCGUACACUAACUACAUUUGAACUGUACUGUACAUAGACUGUAAUUACAGCUAGCUAGUUGGCUAGCCAGGCAAAUUAGCAUUGUGACGUGAUCACAUAAUUGUGUUAAAUGUAACUCAUACACUGCUUCAUUUUGUUGCAUGAUAUAUUGCAUUAAUAUAUUUCAGUGAUAUUCAAACAAAUAUAAUUGUUCAAUUGUAAUGGGCCAUGAAAGUACAUUUAUUGUAGGGUCAGCUGCCUGUCAGGUGCCUGUCAGGUGUCAAUAUGCCCACGUGCAUUUUUUUGCUUUGCAUGUCUGCCACACUUAAAGUUACACGAUGGCUUUAAUUUCAGGGUCUUGAUGUCGUGCUCUUGACCUUAAGUGAAAAGAGCACUGUUUGGGUUCAAAACAAGCCCUAUCAAGAUUAGUGAGACCAGAUGGUGUUUAUAGCGCCUCAGAGCGUCACACCUUAUUUACUCGGUGUUCAGUGAGGGGGAAGAGAAGUCAGCACCAGCACAGAUGUACUAUCCAGUGUGUACAUGGGGAGGCUGGGUUGAGAGAGAAGUCUAAUGGGAACUGAAAGACAGGGGAACGCAGAGGGCAGCCCAGGGUUCCAUGUGGUCCUGGGGAAUGAGGCCUGUGACCUGGACUCCAUGGUGUCAGCUCUGGCCUACGCAUACUUCCUGUCCAAGACACUUGAUUCUGGGAAAGUUCCUCUUCCUGUUCUGAACAUUCCCCGGCAAGAGUUCCCGCUGCGCACGGACAAUGCCUUCCUGCUGAGAGAGAGUGGCCUCUCCCAGGAUGACCUGGUGUUCCGGGACGAGGUGGACCUGGGGAGUCUACACCGGGCCGGCCGUCUGGACCUCACACUGGUGGACCACAACGUGCUGCCCAGCUCUGACUGUGAUCUAGAAGAGGCGGUGUUGGAGGUGAUCGACCAUCACCUCCUGGAGAGGAAGCCCUCUCCCUCCUGUCCCGUUACCGUGGAGACGGUGGGCUCCUGCACUACCCUGGUGGCAGAACGGAUCAUCCAGAAAGCCCCUGAAGUCCUCGACCAACAGGUGGCCCAGCUCUUAUAUGGCACCAUAGUGUUAGACUGUGUGAACAUGGCCCCAGAAGCAGGGAAAGUCACCCCUAAAGACAGCCAGUACGCUGGCCUCCUGGAGACGCACUUCCCCAACCUGCCACCAAGGGGCGUCCUCUUCCAGUCCUUGCAGAAUGCUAAAUUUGACGUGUCAGGUCUUACCACAGAACAGAUGCUUCUGAAAGACAUGAAGGUGGCAUCGGAAGGAGAUUUAAAACUGGCAGUCAGUGUGAUAUAUAUGACACUGGAGGCUUUUCUACAGAGACAAAGCUUACAGCAAGAGCUCUGUGAGUUCUGCCACAAGCACAGCUACAACCUGGUGGUGGCCAUGACGAUCUCCUUCAACGAUAACAAGGAGCCCUUCAGGCAGCUGGCCGUCUACAGCUCCAGCACCCUCUACAGGGGGGAGAUGAGCCAAGCCUUGGAGCAAGCCCGGAGACCCAGUCUGAGCCUGAGUCCAAUGAGCAGCCCUUACUCGGACAUCAGGGCUUACCUCCAGGGCAACACGUUGGCCUCCAGGAAGAAGGUGCUGCCCAUCAUCAAGGACUUCCUGAGGGACAGGGAGCGAAGAGAGGUGCAUUGUGGGACCCUAGAGGAGAGUUACGAGGUACCACAGCAACGAGCGUACACUGAGGACGCUGGGAUAGAGGAGGACUCCUACUUCCCCCCCACCCCUAUGAACAGUCUGGUGGAGGGCUGUCCCCUUGACAACGGACUGCCCAAGAUCAGCGCUGAAGCUCUGACGGAGAAGUUCAGUAAGAUGGCCAGCGAAGAGGAGAAUGCAGGGGGACUCUGAUGUCACUCACACUCCUGGUGGUCAGCGGAGCACCCAAGCUCACUAACCUGUAUAACAGCUGGAUGGCCAGAGUUCUCGCAACAGGAUUCAGACCAGUCAGUACAGAUUGUUUGUGACUGUGCAGGAUGUUGAGCUCGGCACAACAUUGAUCCGCUGGGACGAGGACUGGGAGGCACACUGUUCCCAAUCCAGAGGAGUAAACAAUCCACUGGCAAUCAUAUUGGAGAUGAUGGAAAUGCAUUGAAAAUAUUAGUGACACCCGUGCUUUACGUUAGUGACACCCGUGCUUUACGUUAGUGACACCCGUGCUUUACGUUAGUGACACCCGUGCUUUACGUUAGUGACACCCGUGCUUUACAUUAGUGACACCCGUGCUUUACGUUAGUGACACCCGUGCUUUACGUUAGUGACACCCGUGCUUUACGUUAGUGACACCCGUGCUUUAUAUGGGGGAGGGGGUGCCUGAGUGGCGUAGCGGUCCAAGGCACUGCAUCUCAGUGCUAGAGUCGUCACUACAGAACCUGGUUUGAUUCCUGGCUUUAUCACAACUGGCCGUGAUUGGGAGUCCAUUGUCCCAGCGUCGUCCGGGUUAAGGUUUGGCCGGGGUAGGCCAUCAUUGUAAUAUGAAUUUGUUCUUAACUGACUUGCCUAGUUAAAUAAAGGUAAAAUAAAAAAUAUUAGUGACACCGAUGCUUUCAUCCUUGAAUGGGAAUAAGACAUUUAAUUGGGAACUCUGUUAAUGGAAAAAUACUCCCAGUUGUUAUGUUUCCGGGAAAUAGAUUUUGCUGUAGAUUUGAAAAUAGAUCCACUCUCUCUUCUCCCCAAGAGUGUGUGUGCAGCCUAGACUAGUGUGUAUAUGAACAUUUUUGUGAUAGAUGCCUAAACCAACAUGUGGUCUGCUUACUAAGGCAACAGGGAUCUUGAUCCAGGAGGGCAUUGAAUGUCUCUACUGUAACCAAGAAGCUUGAUCUUGACCUCUAGGCACUGUGCCCUAUACUAAUGUGUAUAGGAAGAUCUUUGUGAUAGAUGCCUAAACCAAUAUGUGGCCCCACUUUAUUUGGAUAGUCCAGCUGUAGAUGGUCAAACUAUCUGUUGAUAAGCAACUGCUUACUAAGCUUAGGGUAAGGGUUAAUAGUUAGAGUUGUGGUUAGGGUCAGAGUUAAGUUUGGCGUUUAGUACAUAGUUAGUUGAAAUGUGAUAGUCUGUAGAGCAUCUACAAAUGGACUGUCCAAAUGAAGUGUUACUCUGCAUGAUAUGCAGUGUUGAUUUGACAUAAUUGAUAAGCAGUUUGACGUUGAAGUAAAGUGUGUUGAAUAGUUAUUGCUAGAGAUAGCUAGACAUUAUUCCUUGACUGUUUUAUUGAGAAUAAAUCAGUUCUGAAUGUUCUUCUGAUUCAAAACACCAUUAUAAUACUGUAUCUUCCCCAAAUGAAAGAUUUUGUAUACUGCAAAUGUAUGUAAACAAUUUAUUUAAGAAUUAUCUGAUUAUAUGCAAUUGUAUCGCACGAAGAUACAGUAACUUCCGUUGGAUUGUGUUAAAACACUUGGUACCAAUGAUAUUGCUAAUGUCAUGUUAAUUUGAAUAUAAUACUUUGAUCUCUUAUCUGAAACUAGGACUCCCCAGAACCAAGGUACUUCCAGGCCUGAUGUAGUCUAAUUAAAUGACUGUUUAUUUCAUAAAAUGCUCUAAACGGAUGAGAACAGUGUUUGAGAUGUAGCCAUAAUCUGCACUGAAAGGUAGAGUAGAUUUCAGUCAAGGUUAGACCAUUAGCAGAUGUUAUGAAGGACAAUCAAGUGAAAAAUGUCAGUUUGACCUUUUUAAUCAUUUGUAAACCAGCUGACUAAAGUUUUACAGUUAGAAAUGUAAUGGUUUCACCUGAAAUGUUGAAAAGGAUUUAAUAGUAUUAAAGUUUCUUAUCCUG